AUGCCCCAACAUACUCAAACAAUGGACGAUGCGACAAGACACCUCAAAACCAUGAUCGACGCACGCAUCGCCGAACUUAAAAGUGCUAAAGCCAACCUCGAGGGAUUCCAGACUCAAGUGAAUAAACUGGAAACUUACUGCGCCGCUCUGAAGCGGCAAAACUACGUACAGUAUGAUUACAUCCCGGACAACGACAACAUGGAUACAGACGUGGAUCGCGGUGGACCCUCGGAACUCCCGCCACCUCCUCCCAAUUCGCUCUGCAACCCUCCCGAUUACGAAAAUAUACUAGCAGCUAAAGACACCGGGUCCGACGAAGACACAGAUCAGCUACGCCAGGGAGAGCGCGAGUAUGACUGUGACUCCGAUGUCAGCAGCGACAAUUUCGAGUACGAAGAGCGGAGAAGAAAGCUUAUCGCAGAAGUUGUCGCCCUAUACAAGGAGGUUGGUAUCUCGCAGAGGGAAAUAGAGGCAUGCGAUGUAGAAGGACGGGAGCGCGAGAAGAUAAACAUUCUACUUCGAAGACACAUGGGCCUCUUGGAGCGAACGAUGAGAAGGCUCGUGCAGUUGGCGUUUGAUGUUGAGGAAGAUGAUACUCUGGUUAACACGGCGCUAGAGGUAGCUAUGGGGGGACAUGUGUCUCUGACUGGAUUAUGA